ACAAAGCAACCAAAAGAUACCUUUAUAUUUUUCUGCUUUCAGUCAGAGUGUUUUCCUUUUUGCAGUUAUUACUGUUGGGAAUCUUCAUACAGAGACAUUCAAAAGGGGAUAUCUGACAACUUUGGUCUUUUCUGAAAAUUGUAAUCAGCACAGCAGUCAAGUUAUGGAUGCCAGACCUAUUGAAAUGCCAGCCCUGGGAAGACCUCUGCAUCCUGGCAUGCUGUACGACUGCCAGAGUGACUCAUUUAUUCCAGGCAUCACUUUGUGGGAUGAGAAAGCAUUACGUGAGAAUCUAGAUGUACAUGAGCAGGCUAAAACAGAUCUGAAAUUUUCUGCUUCUGACUCUCUCAGUGACAAGGCCAACCUUCUGGAUGUGAGCGCCUCGCUCAAAGCUAGCUUUUACGGUGGUUUAGUGGAGGUUGGAGGAUCUGCCAAGUACCUGCAUGAUAGCAAAUCUUCAGCACGUCAGGAGCGGAUCACCAUGCAUUACAGCCAGACCACAACAUUCAAACAACUCUCUAUGGCUGACCUUGGAAAAAUCACCUAUCCACAAGUGUUUGACCAGUGUACAGCCACUCAUGUCAUCACAGCUGCACUGUAUGGAGCUCAGGCCUUCAUGGUGUUUGAUCAUACAGCUGCACAUGAUGAGGACAAACAGGAAGUUAAAGGAAAUCUUCAUGUUCUGAUCAAGAAGAUGCCUUCCCUGUCGAUAGAGGGAGAUGGAGACCUGAAGUUGAAUGAGAGUGAAAAGAAGAUGGCUGAGAGUAUCAGUGUCACAUUUCAUGGUGACUAUAAGCUAGAAGAAAACCCCACAACAUACUCUGAGGCCCUGAAAGUGUAUAAUAAGCUGCCUAACCUGCUGAGAGAGGAGAAGGAUGAUGUACCAGUAAGAGUGUGGCUGUAUCCCCUCAAACUGUUGAAUGAUAAGGCAGCCAGUUUGGUCAGAGAAAUCAGCGAAUAUGUGGUGUCUAAAAUAGAAAAUUUGCUGGAGGAACUAGAAAAAAUAGAGAGGAGGUGCAACGAUUUGGUCAGAAACAGAAGCGUGGAUGAUUUUCCUGACCUGAAAGUUCGGCUGCAAAUGUUUCAAGGCUUGUUUAGUGAUUACAAGAUUGCAUUCCAGAAAUCUCUCUUUAGAAGCUUGCCAGCUAUUCGUAAUGGAACACAGGAGGAGCUGGCACUGGCUAACAUCCUAAACGCUCAAUACAGGUCACUCUUUUCUGCAAACAACUUGAACAAGUGGUUAGAUGACUUUACAACUGAAUUGAGCAUAUUAAGUUCUUAUAUCGGUGAGCUGGAGGACAUCAGGAUUGUGACAUCACUAGGUCUGCUUAAUUCCAUUCUCUUUGAUCCUGACGUAGAUGUAGUGGUAUGCUUGUCUUUCACGUCUCUGAAGUACAAAGACAUAUACCUGGACGCACUGAAAGAUUUUGUGAAUUCUGAAGCACUUGUAAAGCUAGAGCAAGCAAACACAGAAGCAUAUUAUCCCCACGUAACAGAGCCUUGGUUCACUUCCACUGAAAUUUCCAAAAACAUGAGACAGAACCUUUCACUCUUUACAAGUUUCUCACAGGCCAAUAAAAAUGAGAAGAGAAUGCAGUUUGUCAUUGCCUCCAUCUCUGACCCCGCCAAUCCAGGUUCCUCCAUCCGACUUUAUGAAAAAGGCACACUGACAGAUCCAAAGUUCCAAUCUGUGUCCAAGCCUCCUCCACCAGCAGUGGAGACCCAAGAUGGAGCUGUAUUCUUAAAUCUUCAAAAGUCCCCAACUGGAGAAACGUUGAGGUUUAGAGUAGAAUACAGGAUGGUAAAGGAAGGUGAAGCAAUCCAGGGGGAAGACUGGGAGACCAGAGACACUCCAGAUGCAAAGAAACCUUUCUUACUGACUGGACUGCAGCCAGGAAACCAAUACUUAGUUCGGUAUAAAGCUGUGAGUGCGGUGGGAGUGAGUGAAGCCAGUGAAUCUGUUCGUGCAGAAAUUCCCACCAGGAUUGAAAGCACUCUGGUGGGUGGCGCUGGAGGAGGUCAAUACAUUUUGACUCAUGAUAUUGGUGUGACACUGAAGAAGAUCACGGUUUGGCUAGACAUGUUUAAAGUGCAUGCUCUCCAUGUGUUGCUCAGCAAUAAUCAAGAGAAUAUGUAUGGCUUUACAUAUGGCAAUAUCCAGGAAUUCACAUUUGAGGACGGUGAUCGUUUCCGUUCACUGACAUUGUGGCCAAACAACGAUGAGAAUCGUCUGGGAGGUCUUCAGUUUGAAGUUGUGAGGAAAACGGGGAAGACUGCUACAUUCUCUACUAAUUACCCAAACAUGAGCCCGCCUGUGUCCAUUGAUGUGGGUUUAGGGAUAUUUCGUGGGAUUAAAGUGAGAAGUGGGGAAGAUGUUGAUGCUCUUGGAUUCUUCUUUCUAAAGUAGGUAAUACUGUAAAGAUAAUCACCUUCACAGAGAUGUGACAUUUUGAAAAUAUUAAUCAAUGAAUGAAAAAGUGCCUUUUAAAGGGAAACUGUAUUAACGGUAACAGUAUUUUAAGCAAACAAAUGAUUCUUAAAUUAAUGCUUGAGUUUA